AUGUCUGUCAAUAAACCCACCGACGUGAAGCAAAAGGAGCAGGAUAUCAACCACAAGCUUCAACUGUUCGGAAUCUUCCAUGCUUUCAAGAAUAGCAAGCUCCCCUCGAACAAACAGUGCGAUGUCGCCCUCAACUCCGCCUUGAACUCCAAGGCUCUCUCUUCCCCACACCAGGACCUCUCCGCCGAAGGCAAAGUUCUUGUAAAGGAUCUGCGCAAUGUCAUCGACCAAUCCAAGAAGCUGUUGCUGUCUAAGAACGAUGGCGAGUUGCUUCAGGACUUUAUCUGGCAAGCGCAGCAAAUCACUGCUGGUGGUGCAAAGGCUCCCAAUGUCCCUGUGACCAAGGAAGAUGGAAAGCAGGAUGCUAGCAAGGCUGCCGAUGGUCUCAAGACUCUGGGCACGUUGCUUAUUACCAAUGGAGAGUUUCGCAAGAUCUUGAGCGAUGCUACCGUAUUGAUUCGCGAUAUCGCCGCAGACGCCUCCCAGAAGGCCGCCAACCAAGUUCGUCCAUCCGAGGACAAGCUUGCCCAAAUCGAUGAGCCCGCGGAAGAGAACACCUGGCAUGAGAAGCCCAACAUCAAUAAGGAUGAUAUCAAGGGCAAGUUCAAGAAGAACAAGACUGUAAGCGAUGUUGAGCUCAAAUACACCCCGGGCAGCUUUAACACCGUCGCGUCUCCAUCCAUUGCCGAAUCUGAAACCGGCACUGCUGGUGAUGCUUCCUCUAUUACCCCAUCUGAGAUGAGCCGUCGCAAGAAGCUGGCGGGUCAGACUAAGGAGUAUCUGGCCGAGAAAAUUCCCAAAGAGCGCCGCGAGCAAGCCAUUUGGCGUCUCAAGAAGAUGAUCAUUGAGGUCCAAGGCCACGCCGACUACCAGCAAGCCGUCGAGACACUGUUGACCAUGGCCGAAAAGUACGCCGGCCACACCAAGACCGCUACUGGCGAGAGCGGUACCGCCGUCCGCGAUGUACGUGCCACCGACAGCGUCAAGGCCGCGGAGCACAACCUCCGUACGUUGAUUGAGCGUUUCGCCAACAACACUUCGCUCGCCGACUUCUUCGACUCACUCAACAACAUUUACCGCGAUGCUGAUAAGGAUCCUGAGCUUCGCGGUUGGUUCUCAAACAUCGAUACUUAUAUUCGUAAGUGUCUGCGUGAGCAGGGCUUCAUCAUGGAUGAAGAGAGCAACCGUGAGUGGAAUGUGCUGUACGACAAGGGCCGCUACCUUCUUCGCGAGCGCUACCGCGCCCACACCGAUCGUAUCGUCGACGAGAUUAAGUUCCUUGCCGAGCAAUUCGAUAAGGAUCCCCAGAACCAAGCUCUCGCCCAGUCCAUCCAGAAGCUUUUCAAGGAUCUUGGUCGUGACACCGAGGGCAAGGUUGUUUUCAAGAAGCACUUGCUCAAGGAUAUUCGUGAUGUCAUUCUUCCCGGCAUCGUUGAAAAUGUCCGCUACAUCCCCAUCCCUCGUAUCGAGGUCUCUGACCCAAUGGUCGAUGUUGUUGUCGAGAACCUUGUCAUUGAGAGCGACAACCUCAUGCCCAAUGUCCUCGAGUUUGGUAGCGACAACUACUUCCGUUGGGGCCGCAAAAAGGUUACCAACAAGCGGAACAACAAGAUCAUGAUCGCUGCAUCCGGUAUCCAGGCCGAUCUGCGUGAUGUCAGCUACCACAUCAAGAAGAAGCAAGGCUUCCCCUCGAUCACCGAUACCGGUGUGAUGGACAUCAUCUUGGGUGGCGAGGGUCUGAGCUUCAAGAUUGCGGCAUCUACUGCUGACAAGAAUGACAAACAGAACUUUGUCAAGCUUGACAAGGUUUCCGUGAGCAUCAAGAACAUGGAUAUCAAGUUGAAGAAAUCGAACCACAAGGCCCUGUUUGCUACCUUCAAGCCUAUGCUCUUCCGCGUUGUUCGCCCCGCUCUGCAGAAGGUUGUCGAGGCACAAAUCCGCAAGGCAUUUAUUGAUGGUGAUGCUUUUGCCAAGGAGAUCCACGGAGAGGCCAAGAAGGCCCAGGAGGCUGCGCGCGAAGACCCUGAGAAUGCCCCCAGCAUCUUCUCCCGCUAUGCCGAUGCCAUUCGGGCACGCACUCAGGCCAAGGCUAAGCAGGCCGAGGGAGCUGUCAAGCGCGAUACCAAGGUUCAAACCGUCAUGACCCUGAACGACUCCAUCUUCCCUGAUGUCAAAUUGCCCGGUGGUAUCUCAAACAAAGCUACUGAGUAUGCCGAGCUUGCUGCCAAGGGAGACCGUUGGGAGUCACCCAUUUUCAGCAUCGGUGCGGCUUCCGAGUCAAGCGACAUCCCAUCCCAGGGCCCAGUCACUCGCAAGACACACACGACCGCGGAUGGUGUUGCCUCUGCAGGUGCUGGUGGUGGUGGUGCUGCCGGUACUGCUGCUGCUGCGGGUGUCUCCGGCGCUGCUACCAAUGCUACCAACGGUACCAAGGUGGACAGCUACCCAUCCCGCGGAUUCUCUGAUGAGGUUGAUCAGGCUUUCGUCAAUGGAAAGACCUCUCACCUCAGCGAUGGCGUUAAGGCCGCCACUAACGGUGCCACCAACGGUACCGCUACCAACGGUGCUACCCAUGUCACUAAUGGAUCGACUCCAGUCGUUUAA